AAAAAUUGGAGAGAAAGGAAGGAAGCACGAUCAUAUGAUUGUCUGAUAAACUUCAAAAAAGAACACCACUAUUGUAACAGCACUUCUUUGAAAGCUAGAGAAAUCUGCUACAAUAUUAGUCUUGAAAAACUCGGCGAAUUAAAGCAUGGACUUCAGAAUCGCAUCACUGAUCCUGCUUCUACACAUUUCAGGCUCUCUAACAAUGAACCUCAUCUCUGUGAGCUGUAAAGACAUUUGUGCUCAGAGGGAAUCCGAUGUGCAGUUGAAGUGCACUUACGACAACAUCCACACCAAAACUGCGUUCUGGUACAGUGAGAAACAAAACAAAAACUGGAGAAAAAACAAUGAACCUGAAGAUUUGAAUUUAGAUUCUGACUACUCAGGACGUGUGAAACAGGUCAUUGGUAAAUACGAAGCACACCUCAUAAUAUCAGACGUGAGAGGGACAGACUCUGGAGAAUAUCAGCUCAUGUUCAUGGAGAAUGGAGUUAAACAUCUCAGCUCAGCAGCCGUCAGUCUAACAGUCACAGACACGCAGGUGAGGAUGAAUCCUGCAUCUACUGACCCGGGAAAUGAGACAGUUGAACUCACCUGUGAGACGUCUUGUGAUUUGACGUCCAGACCUCAGAAGUUUUACUGGAAGUCAAAUAGUAAAAAUCUAAAAUUGAAUCACACCAGCAGCAUUACAGUUUCACCUAAAGAUGCUGCCAGUUACUCCUGUUUUCUCACUCCAGAUCUCAUGAGUUCCUCUGCUGUGUGUUUUAAGAGUGGCUGCCGGGAUGUGACUUACACCUCUAGAAGAGUCUGUGCUUUGGUGAACUCAACAGUAGACAUUUCCUGCACAUACUCACAUCCCUCUGAUCAUACUGUAAAUAAAACAUUCUGGCAUUACGGUCCAUCUCGGCUCUUCAAAGAUCUGCGUGAGGAGCAUCAGUUUGCUGGUCGUGUGGAGUAUGUGGGGAACAAAUUGAGAAUCAAAGAUCUCAAGAUCAGCGACUCUGGAAAAUAUCAAUUCAUAAUCAUCACUGAUGUUGCAUCACCUGCAUCACCUGGAGUCAUUCUUACUGUUACAGAUACACACAUGGAAAUAAGGCCAAACGUUGUAUCCAAGAGACAGGAAGUGACAUUAAUCUGUUCAACUAAAUGCACUUUGAAAGACAAACAUACUUACAUCUGGUACAAGAACGGACGACAGGUAACAGAUGGAUUCACUAAAGCCAACAAGCUGUUCCUGGACUCAGUCAGCAAUGAAGAGCUUCAACAGUAUUCCUGUGCUGUAGGAGAUCCAGUGAACAGCACAGCGUUCAGCCAUUAUACAGUCACUCUGCUGCUGUUUUUACCUCAGUUUCUCAUAAUAGCAGCUCUGUGGAUGUGGUUUUUCAUCAGAAUGUAACACAUUUCAAAACCAAACUGAAAACAGAAGGAGAAUCUGCUGUUCCACAUCUGUUCAUCUGCUCUCUGUCCAUCAGAGCUGCUGGCAUUGUGUUCUACCACUGUAACAUCAGCAACAUCAGUGAUACAGUGAUGUCAUAGACAGUGACAUAUCAAUGACUGCAUAAUCAAUCAAAAGUCCUGGUUUUAUUUUUUUCCCCGUAUGUUAAAUGUAAGAAGAAUUUUAUUCUCUAAAUAUCCUUUAAAGGGGUCAUCGGAUGCCCAUUUUCCACAAGUUGAUAUGAUUUUUUAGGGUCUUAAUGAAAAGUCUAUAAUAUACUUUGGUUAAAAAGUCUCAAUGGUUGUGUAAAACAACACCGUUUUUACCUUGUCAAAAUGAGCUCUGCAAAAAUCAUCCCAUUCUGAUGGAUUGUUCCUUUAAAUGCACAUGAACUCUGCUCGCCCCACCCCUCUCUUCUGUCUGUGGUGUGAUGAGCUGUGCUCUGAGAGAUUGUUUACUUUAGCUGCAUUUAGCACGUUUAGCUGUGAAACUUGCUAACUAGCAUGUUAUUAGGAAAAGUGAUUGCAGAGAUUCAUAAAAAAAAAAAAAGAAAAAAAAACCUUAUACUCACUUCUGCUGUGGGUGAAGCUGAAUCACGAAUGAUCUGCGUGAACAUAUACGCAUUUAUGUAGAUCAGAAGGUGCAUUCCCUUCACAAACAAACGUAAUCUACUGCAUCUUCAGCGGCUCAGAUGUUGGGAGUAAAUGACGACCACUAUGUUCAUUAUUACAUCCAGCAACACAACACCUCAAUUGCUCAAUCGAAGAUAUUCUUGUCUAAGUUACAUCCCUGCUCCGGCAUCGAAACAAUGGAGGUCAGACUGUUACAGCUGAUUUAGGGCGAGUCUGAGGUGAGACACUCAUGUCAAUCAACUAUCGUGGGAGCGACCUCUGACAAUGGCUCAAUUUGAAAAAGGGUAUAUUAUUUUUACAGACUAAUUAAACACCACUGCAUGGAUUUUAUCAUUUUAGGGUAGAUGUGUACAUACACUACCAAUGUUCAAACAACAUGUACAAAAGUGAAAUAUGCAUCCGAUGACCCCUUUAUGUGGUGGCUCCUCUUUAUUUUUGUAUAUGUGCACAC